CGACGCGACGCGAGGCGAGGCGAGCGGCUGGAGUCGCCGCGCUGCAGCUCCCUCCCGGCCUGCGUCUCCGCGCUCCCUGCUGCGAUGAGCUUCCUCAAAAGUUUCCCGCCGCCCGGCUCGGCCGAGGGGCUUCGGCAGCAGCAGCCCGAGACCGAGGCUGUGCUGAACGGCAAGGGCCUCGGCACCGGCACGCUCUACAUCGCGGAGAGCCGCCUGUCUUGGUUAGAUGGCUCUGGAUUAGGAUUCUCACUGGAAUACCCCACCAUUAGCUUGCAUGCGGUGUCCAGGGACCUAAAUGCCUAUCCACGAGAGCAUUUGUAUGUUAUGGUGAAUGCUAAAUUUGGAGAAGAAUCAAAAGAAUCUGUUGCUGAAGAAGAAGAAGACAGUGAUGAUGAAGUUGAACCUAUUGCUGAAUUUAGAUUUGUGCCUAGUGAUAAAUCAGCAUUGGAGGCAAUGUUCACUGCAAUGUGUGAAUGUCAGGCUUUGCAUCCUGAUCCUGAGGAUGAAGAUUCAGAUGAUUACGAUGGAGAAGAAUAUGAUGUGGAAGCACAUGAACAAGGGCAGGGGGACAUCCCUACAUUUUAUACCUAUGAAGAAGGAUUAUCCCAUUUAACAGCAGAAGGCCAAGCCACCUUGGAGAGAUUAGAAGGAAUGCUUUCUCAGUCUGUGAGCAGCCAAUAUAACAUGGCUGGAGUCCGGACAGAAGAUUCAAUCAGAGAUUAUGAAGAUGGGAUGGAGGUAGACACUACACCAACAGUUGCUGGACAGUUUGAGGAUGCAGAUGUUGAUCACUGAAGAUGAUUUAUGCUGCUGUGGGGGUUCAUGGUCCCGCUCUGCACCCAGGUUCUCUCUCUGACGUGGAUGGAGCCUAGGAGUUUAGUUCUGGCCAGACAAGCAAGAAAGGAAAAGCAGAGGAGGCUGGACUUCCUUUCCAGUGGUACCAGACUGUGGCUCAGCUUUUCAGAACACACCCUAAGAUUAUUCCUGAGAUAGUGGUAUUUCUGUUGCUGCUUUCGUGUAGAAGCUUGUACACACAGAUCUGCCUCUGACUCAGCCAGAGAGCUAGAUCCUGAGAUCUUCACAAAUUUUACCUUGACACAUACCACUAUAGCAUGCUGUCUUUGUAAAAUCCAGUAAAAUGGAAAUUAAGCAGCCCUUUCAUAGGAUUUCACCAAUGAGAUUUCAUCCUUGAUAGACUAAAAACAUUGAAGCUGUGUCAAGAUGAAGAUAUUGAGCAGUGAACUAAGUUCACUCCAUGGUUCAGAGUUUUUUCUAGCACACCAGCCUCACAGUAUGAUUCAUACUCAUGCCUCAGCAAUUAUAAAUGACAUCAUGUCAUGGGCCUUCAGAAUCUCUUUUGAAUAGUCAGUCUUGGAAUGUUAAGCCUGCAACUGCCAAGGACCAACAGAAUUGUUUGGUUGGCAGGUGGUCAUUUCAGUUUAAUAAAAAAAUUGAGUUCCUAUAUGGUAGACAUCAUUGGCAAAAGAUAAGAACUUACACAGGUCUUUAAAAUACAGUGUAACAUGUGCUAUGAUAAUACAAGUGACCUUUGCUUUUUUUUUUUUUUUUUUGGCACAUUUAAGUAAAAAUAGACUGAACCAUUGCUCUCAUAAUUAGUUUUCUUUGGUGUUCCCAUUAGGUCUUUGCUAUUUCCUUAGAUCAGAGAACAUGAUCUGUCACACUUAUGACCAUACUAAAAUUCAAGCUAUUUCACUUGCCUUAUCUUCUAAUCCUCACAUCUCCAAUAGUGCUGAGUAUAACGUGGAAGCUGCCAUUCCCACCAAAAGGCAGAGUUCUCCUCUCUUGAACAUGGACUGGCUUUGCAACUUGCAUUGACAAACAGAAUGCAGCAGGAAUGAUGCUAUGGCAGUUCCGAAUAUAAGUGACACUGAGUGAAUUCUAGUUUCAGGUCUCAAAACACCCAUGAGUUUCCACUUUUUGCUCUCUUGGAACAGUGCCCUGACCACAUAAAGAAGCUGGUCUAGACUGCUAGAGGAUAAGAGGCCACAUGGGGAGAACUGAGGCAUCUUAGAUGACAGCUGCCACCAAUUGUUGAACACAUGAGUGCAGCUACAUUGGCUUUUCCAACCCCCCCCCCCAACUCUCCAGCUAUUAUGGUCACAUAGCAAUUUCCCUUCUGAUCCACAGAAUCAUGAAAAAUAAUAAAUUAUUAUUUUAAGCAAUAGUUUUAGCUAAUACACAGGAUGCCUGGGUGGCUCAGACAGAUAAGUGUCUGCCUUGGGCUCAGGACAUGAUCGCAGGAUCCUGGAAUCAGGCCCUGUGUGGGGCAUCUCUGCUCAGCAAGGAGUCUGGUUUUCCUUCUGUCAUUCCCCCUGCUCAUGUACUCUUUCUCUCUUGGUCUCGCUCUCAAACAAGAUCUUUAAAAAAAAUAGCUGAUACAGAAAUUCAUAUCAGGAGUGGGUUCUGUGUCAAACGCCCAAGGGGUUCAUGAGUGGUGAUGGUUAAGCGUCUGAAUCUUGGUUUUGUCUCAGGUCAUGACAUCCGGGUCCUGAGAUCAAGCCUCAUGUCAGGCUCUGCACUCAGCAUGGAGACUACUUGGGAUUCUCUCUCCCUCUCCCCCUCCCGCUAAUGUUUUUUUUCUCUCUCUCGCAAAUAAAUAAAUCUUAAAAAAA